CUUGCCUCCGCACAGUAAUGCUUUUCAAAGCUCUCAGUUUUAACCUCCAUGUAGCGUAACCUCUCAAGUUUCAUCAAACGACGCAGAUUUUGGCUAGCCAGUCACGCACCCGACGUCGUUUUGGCAGAUUAUCUCCCCGAGUUGGCCUCCGCCCCCGCUUUCCCCAAUUCGACCCCUUUGUAACUUGUCAAAUCUUUGGCAGUUUGUAGUUUUUGGAAACUUCAAUGGAGGGUCUUUGAUUCUUCACAAAAGGAGAAGUCAUCAGGGAAAAAAAAAUAAAAAUCCCUUUAAAAAGUUACAGUCAUGGCUUCUUCUGGUUUCUCCGCCAUUUUUAGAUUCCUUGAUUCUCUUCUUUCCGAGAAUGCCUUUUAGUUGUGUAUACUAGAAAUCACAUGCAAUGAAUUGCUUGGUGUUCAACUUUUAACCUCAGUGGAAAUGUUGAAGAAAGAGUGCACAUUGCGACAUUGAUGUCACAAGUCUGACAUCGAUUGGAAGAAAAUUGUUCUUUGAUUUGAGAAUGGUUUCGACUCAAAAUGGAAACCACAAGGAGGAAAUUGAAGAAUCGAAUGGUAGUGAAGUGAAGGGUCAAAUCCCCCUUGACGUUUCAGCAUCCCCAAAGACUUUUUUAGUCAAUGAGAAGUCUCCGAAAAGGUUCCCUCCUGAUGCUCCUCCUAAUAGAGUUAGGUCUCAAUUUGGUUCUGCAUCUGCCAGGUUCAAGCGGUUGGCUGAGGAGAGAGAUGAAAUGUCACGAUCUGUGGCUUCAAGCGGUCAUGGCUUCAAAGAACGAAUCAAUGGGGUUUUUUCUAAGAAAAUUGAUUGGGUUUCACUCCUGAAAAUGGGCAAAGUAUGGAUUAGAAAUCCAAUGAACAUGGCUCUUUUUGCAUGGAUUGUCUGUGUUGCUAUUUCAGGUGCAGUUUUGUUUCUUGUCAUGACUGGAAUGUUGAACAAGGCAAUACCCAAGAAGUCCCAGAGAGAUACAUGGUUCGAAGUCAAUAAUCAAAUUCUCAAUGCACUUUUUACGCUUAUGUGUUUGUACAACCAUCCGAAGCGGUUCCACCACCUUGUACUUCUGUGUAGAUGGAAACCAGAAGACAUUUCCAGACUUCGAAAGAUUUACUGUAAAAAUGGGACUUAUAAGCCACAUGAAUGGGCCCACAUGAUGGUUGUUGUUGCCCUGCUUCAUCUGAAUUGCUUCGCUCAGUAUGCACUUUGUGGUUUAAACCUGGGUUACAGAAGAGCUGAACGGCCACCCAUAGGAGUUGCAGUAUGUAUAUCUUUUGCUAUUGGUGCACCUGCAUUUGCUGGUAUAUACAACAUUGUCAGCCCCCUUGGGAAGGAUUAUGACUCGGAUGUGGAUGAGGAAGCACAGGUUCAGAUCGGAACUGGUGAAGGAGCAGAAACAUUAAGGUUAAAAUCAUUCGAGAGAAGAUAUUCUUUUGCAUUUAGGACUGAACAACGAGUCGUUGAGAAUAGACCGCAAUGGAGCGGAGGAGUACUUGACAUUUGGGAUGAUAUUUCUAUUGCAUAUGUUUCGCUCUUUUGUAGUUUUUGUGUAUUUGGGUGGAAUAUGGAGAGGCUUGGAUUCGGGAACAUAUAUGUUCAUAUUAUGACAUUUGUUCUGUUUUGCAUGGCUCCGUUCUGGAUUUUUAACUUGGCUGCUGUUAAUAUCGACAAUGAAACUGUUCGGGAGGCUCUUGGAGUUACUGGCCUUGUUCUAUGUCUAUUUGGUUUGCUCUAUGGUGGCUUUUGGAGGAUCCAAAUGAGAAAGAGAUUCAAUUUGCCUUCUUAUAACUUCUGUUUUGGUGAACCAGCACUCUCUGAUUGCACGUUGUGGCUUUGCUGUUGUUGGUGCUCUCUUGCUCAGGAAGUGAGGACCGGGAAUUCCUAUGACGUCGUGGAAGAAAAGUUCUAUAGAAAACAACCAGAAAGUGGAUACCCUUUACCAAUUUCACCUUUGCCUCGUGAAGAUGGAUCGGUUGGGUUUAGAUCUGGCCCGAAUUCUCCUCUUGGGAACUACUUAAGCCCAACCAAGAAUGGCAUAGGUGGUUCUACGAGUCAAAGCAGACUUCCAGGGGGAUUUCAUAGUCCAGUGAAAGAAGAGUCCCAUGUAAGAGGUAAGGAUGAAACUAUGACCCCACCUGCACCUUCAAUGAUACAAAGGGAAGAAACAUAGCCCCAAAAGAGGAUAACGUUAUGAUUUGUAUAUGAAUUUCUGUAGUAUAAUUUUGAAACAAGUUUUGUUUCUGUGUUCGAAUGCAUCAUUGUUUUUCGUUCUUCAGUUUCUUUUUCACCAUUAGCUGUGUUGUGAUCAUUGAUAGUUUAAUAGCACUUAGGAAUUCAGCAAAAAGAAAUUAUCUACUCUAUUAUUUCUACUGAGCAAUAUUUCUUUGCUGAGCAAUAUAGUUGCCUGUUUCUCUGUUUUUAUUA